CUGACCACAGCUGACGUGCAAGAGAUAUUAGGAUAUAUUUUUGGCGAAAGCUUUUUUCACGAGAUUUAAUUUGUGUUAGAACAAACACAAUGACACUUCAUUCUGCAGGAAAGGGUAAACUUUUAGCGGUGAUUGGCGACGAGGAUACUUGUGUAGGCUUCUUACUAGGUGGAGUUGGAGAGAUAAAUAAGCAUCGCCAGGCUAACUUUAUGGUUGUUGACAAAAACACAGCAGUGAGCGAAAUAGAGGAUACUUUCAAACGAUUUAUCAAGCGUGAUGACAUUGACAUCAUUCUUAUCAACCAGAAUGUAGCUGAAAUGAUUCGCCAUGUAAUUGAUAGUCAUACUCAACCGAUACCCGCUGUAUUGGAAAUUCCAAGCAAAGAUCAUCCAUAUGACGCCAGCAAAGAUUCCAUCUUGAGACGUGCUAAAGGAAUGUUCAAUCCAGAAGAUAUUCAUUAAUACAUAUGUAUGAUGUUAACAAGAUUGCAUCAAAUGUGUGCAAUAAAAAGAAGCAUUUGUUCGGUUACCUAUUUCAGUAUCUAUUCUCUGUUGUUUGGUAAAAGUGAUAUAAAAUUAUAGGCUUUUUACAAUAAGUUGUUAGUGACCACUCAUAUUACACUAGUAAGUCAGAAUUAUAAGUCAGAGCUCUGUCCAGGAUGGAUAUUUUUGGCUUAAAAUUGAAUUGUGUCAGUAUUUAACGUAACCUCUAAGUUUUAAACUAUAAGAAAUAUAAUUUGGUCAUUUCUACAAAAUUUCGUUAUUCAUAUCUUGUACUAAUACUUGAUAAUGAUUAAAUUUUUUUAUUUGUAAGAAUAAAUUCCACGUUUCAACCAUAAAUUUAAUAUAUAAUUUAAUUUGUAAUUUGGACAAGCAAUAAAUCCAAAUUUUAGCUAAAACACGAUUUACAUAAGUUGUUUUCAAGAAAUAUUUUUGAUGUAACUACUAUAUGAACUUUGAUUCAAAUCAAGAUCGCCUGAAAUGAGAAUCGAUCUAGGACAGUUUUGUCCAAAAUUUGUGAGUCGAAAAGCCUUUACCUCUCCGCCAUCUCGCUAUAUAAAGACGGCCGAGAGGUGGAAGCGUUUUGGUUCACAAACCAAGUUUUGGACAGACUUGAUCUAAGAUUAGGAAGUCAGAAAAUAGGAGGCAUAAGCAAGAAAGGAAUAUUUUACA